AUGUCAUCUUCCUCCAUUUCAAAGCUCAUGGAAGGAACAACAAGUGUGAAGAUAAUUGAGAUCUGUAAAGUGGCUCCUCCGCCGGAGGCGUCACGAGCGGCGGCUGUGCCGUCAUCUCUUCCUCUAACCUACUUCGACCUGUUAUGGCUGAGGUUUUAUCCAGUCCAACGCCUUUUCUUCUACGAGUUACCAUCUAAUGAUAUAUCUUUUGUUGACGAAAUUGUUCCGAAGCUCAAAAGCUCUCUCUCUCUCACUCUUCGCCAUUAUCUUCCUCUGGCUGGCAACCUCGUCUGGCUUCCACAGUCUGAGUUUCCGACCAUCGAGUUUGUCGAUGGGGACGGCGUUUCUCUAACGGUAGCCGAGUCCGAUGCUGACUUUUACCAACUUUCCGGCAAUGGGUUGCGUGAAGCUUCUGAGUUUCAUCCUCUUGUCCCCCUCUUGCCAGAUUCUCAUGAUCGUGCUGCACCAAUUGCUAUCCAGGUCACCACAUUUCCAAAUAAAGGAUAUUCCAUUGGCAUAACAUGUCAUCAUGCAAUUCUAGAUGGAAAAACCUCAACUUCAUUUAUCAAAUCAUGGGCUCAAAUUUGCAUGGACGAAUCAUCUGUUCCGAUUACCAACCUGAUGCCAGACUAUAAGAGAUCGAUUAUUGAUGAUCCAAAAGGUCUUGCAAAAAUUUAUACAAACGCAUGGCUGAAACUAGACGGACCCGACAACAGGAGCUUGAAACUUAAAUUACCCAAAGCUAAACCUAGUUUAAUCCGAAGAACUUUUGAGUUCACACACCAAAACUUGGAAAAGCUAAAGCAAUGGGUUUUGAAGAAGAAUGAUGAGAAAAUGUCUUCAUUUGUAGUGGCAACGGCUUAUCUUUGUGUAUGUACAGCCAAGUUGGAAGGUUUAAGAGAUGGAAAAUUAUUGUUCGCAUUUUCUGCUGAUGGUCGAUCUCGUUUAAAGCCACAAGUGGGUUUGAAUUACUUUGGAAAUUGUUGGAUUAGUUGUAUUGUUUGUAUUGAAAGAAUUAAGCUUUUGGGUGAAAAGGGAAUAGCUUUGGCUUGUGAAGAGAUCUCGAAAGCUAUUAAAAAUUUAGGAGGAGGAGGAGGUUUAGAGGAGUUAGAAAAUUAUGGGACACUUGUGAGUGAAGUGACCAAUGAUUAUUCUAAAGAAAUGGCUCUUACCCUUGCUGGGUCACCUAGAUUUGGAGUUUAUAGUGCAGAUUUUGGGUGGGGAAAGCCAAUGAAGGUGGAAAUAGUGUCAGCUGAAUCACCAUUAAUGUUUACUUUGAGUGACAGCAGAAAUGGCGAUGUGGGAAUGGAGAUUGGAGUGGUUAAAGGGAGAGAUCAAAUGGAAGCUUUUGCUGCUCUGUUUAAUGAAGGUUUUGAAGCUCUUUGA